AGCAGUGGACAAUUGCUGACCCCUCUCCCAGCCAUUCGUUUUGCUGAUUUGCAGCCACCUGGCAGUUCUUGUUCUCUCAUUUCCAUGCUAAAUCUCUUUCUUUUAGGUUCCCAGCGAAGUGAUUGAUAUAAAAAAUUCCAUCCAUGCUCCACAAACAGCCCAUCACCAAAAAAAAAGAAGCAUCUGAUUGUUUUCCCACUAGUCUUGUUCUUCCAUACAUAGAAUUACACCUUUUAAUCAGCAGCUCUAGUAAAAAAAUCAUAAAUUUUAUUUUUUGCUGCUUCCUUUUUAUAUUAAUCUAAACUUUUAUGUUGUUUUUCCCUUUUCUUUUACCUAAUGUUGUUUUGCGCCCUUUCUUUCCAUAGUGAUCAAUUGGAAAAAGUAAAAAAAAAAUUGUUGUGCUUCUUCAUGAUUAUUUAUGCCUUUCUUGGUUAUUGAGUCUUACAAAAAUAUAAUUGCUUUCUUCCUUCAUUGAAGCAAUUAAUUGCAUCUUCUAGCGACAAAUCGAUGUACCAAAAAGAUUUAUAUGAUUCCACCCCCUUCAAACUGAAACCCAGCAAAGUCAACUAGAUCAUAUCUUGUUAUCCACACAACAUCAACAAAAUUUUGCUGCAGGUUCCCUGUAAACUGAGAAUUUGGGUCCAGUACUGAACAUAAGUCAUGUUGGCAUCAUCUUCGUUUUACAUGCCAUUGACGGAAUGGCGUCAUUAUCUGCAAGAUAUCAAUUUCUGGCUGAAUGGAUAUAUCAACAGCCCUGCGUAUCAUAAGUUGGAAGAAAAACUUCUCAGAUAUCGCGUGCAGUGGAAUGUUGGGGUCGGACCCACAGCAUGUUUCACACGAGCUAUAUCGAGCUUCGAUCGGGAUGUAACGAUCAGGAGACAUGGUCCCUGCGACCAUGUAAUAGAGGUGGACAUGAAGCAGGCAGCAGCAGUGCUGGGAAAUCGGUUCGACAUUAAUGACAUGCUGCAUAUCAAAGUGGCAGAGCAGCUCGGGCUACUCGAACAUAAAUACGACAUGGUAGACGACGCUGAGCUGCGGUACUAUACCUACGACAUGGAGAAGAAGCAGGAUGACAGUGUCUCACCCCUGGAGCUAAAAUCCAUAGCUCCUCAAAUAAUGCAAAAUCUGCUGACCAAGAAGUACCUGCUGGUGGUUCACAAUCUCGACAGGCCAAUAAGGCCCAUCGUGCUUGAUGUUACGACAGAGGACUUAUGGCUUCCUGCCCCUAGGUGGAAUGGUUCUUUCUGGAUCGUAUCCACCACCUCCCAAGAUGUCUAUGACAGGAGCAACAAGCCAGAUGAGCCUCGCGUCAUCAAAUCCUUUUCUGGGGAUGAUAUAUUGAUUCUCACACUGCAUUCCCUGAAACAAGCGGCCAAGUACAUCUCUGUCGCGGUUGGCCAUGGAGAGGAGAAGUAUUGGCAUCAUGUGGCCCUCCAGUGCUUUCACUACGCCACCAUGCUGCUUAUUCCCCACAGUUCCAAUAUUGACCCGCCAGAGUGUGAUGCCCAGGCUGAUGUUAGCUCAGAUGUGUUGAUCCGCCAGUGGGCUGCUCAAGGCAUCCUUCCUGUCAUGAAGCCAAGUGUCCAAGAAAGAAUGGGGGAGGACACUGACCGCUACCACUGUCAGUACUAUGGUGAUGAUAUAUAUCAACUUGGAAAUGUCAUCCUCGAGGCUUUUCGGGAGUAUUCGUUGCUGCAGCUGCCUUUUUCUCCUGCAACGAAAGAUGAUGAAGCCACAAUAUCUGCUGCACACUUCCUAGCAUAUCAUAGCCUUGUUGUAGAGCCCCUCACAUCCGAUGAACUCUGUGAGGGAAAUCACUCUCAGUUGGAGCACAUGAAGUGGAUCUCACAUGUGGGCGACCAAGGAUGGCAUGUAAGCAGAGAUUGGUUGAGCCAGGGGUCCAGCGGCCCGACCACACUUAUUAUAAGGCAUUGCUCACAACAGUCGAGGUUGUUCAUGAAGCUUGAAUCUGAUCAUUUCUUGGCCAAGCUCCCUUAUCUUCGUGUUCUUGACAUUUCCUACACUCCAAUAGAGUCACUUCCUCCUUCAAUCUGCAGUCUCCAAAAACUCCAAUUGCUUUCCCUUAGGGGCUGCUAUAAUCUCAGAAGUCCAUUCAGCUUCCCAAAUGCUGAAAUCAUCCUAUGUCAUAACAACAGUAGCAGAAUAAUGUUCAAUUUGCUAUACCUCGAUCUCUCCUAUUCAAAUAUACACACAUUCCAGUGCGGUUUCUUCCAUAGCAUGCCUAAUCUAAAAGAACUCCUGCUUGUUAGGUGCUCGAACCUUGAGGAGUUGCCGCCCUCCAUUGCUGUGUUGUCUAGUCUUCAUUCAUUCUCAUUGGUUGGUACACCACAUAUAAAGCGAUUGUCAUUGCACGGAUGUAGUAAGCUAGAAUCCGUGGACAUUAAGGAAGUUGAUGGUUUGGAGGAGCUCGAUCUGUCUGCUACGGCUAUCAAGGAGCUACCAGACAACAUCUCUAAUCUGCCCCAGCUUAGGCGAUUGCUUCUCAGGGGCGUUCCUUCCCUGAGACGAUUCCCUUGGCAUAAGCUGGAUAGAUUCCCAGAUGUGUUUUGCUUGGAUCAAUGCUCAUCAACUGGAACUGUUAAUCAUGAUUGCAGUGUUAAAUCGUUUUGGAUCGACUAG